AUUUGUAGCUGCUCGCUUGUCAGACAUGAGCCAUUCGAGGAAUCGACCGACAUGCCGUUCGCGCAGAUCGUGCUGGGGCCUCCUGGCUCGGGCAAGACGACGUACUGCAAUGGCAUGCAGCAGUUCCUGCAGGCCAACCACCGAGAUGUGGCUGUUGUCAACAUGGACCCGGCCAAUGAGCAGCUACCGUAUGUGGCCGACGUGGACGUGUCCGAGAUGGUGUGUCUCGAAAACGUCAUGGAGGAGCUCGAUCUAGGUCCCAACGGCGGUCUCGUGUAUUGUAUGGACUACAUCGACGUCAACUUCGACUGGCUGGAGGACAAGCUCGCAGCGCUCAAGGACAAGUACGUGCUGUUCGACUUUCCCGGCCAAGUAGAACUCUACACACACGAGAACAGUGUGCACAGUAUUCUACACAAACUACAAAAACUCGGAUACCGGUUGGCAGUGGUGCACCUUGUGGACGCUCACCACUGCACAGACAGCUCUAAGUUCGUAUCUGUAGUAAUGCUGAGCUUAUCUUCAAUGGUGCGACUCGAGCUACCUCACAUUAACGUCCUAUCCAAGAUCGAUCUAAUGCAGCAGUACGGUAAACUCGCUUUCAAUUUGGACUUUUACACGGACGUACUGGAUCUACGCUAUCUCUUGGACCGUCUGGACGAGCCUGAUGACGCCGAAGAUGAAAACCAAAUCUCGCUCGAGCCACGACAUACAACGAUCCCCAACUCGAGACUCGCAGAGCGAUUCCGUCGCAUGAACGAGGCGCUGGUCGACGUCAUCGAAGACUUCAGUCUCGUGAGCUUCUUGCCUCUGCAGAUCCAGGACCCAGCCACGAUACAGAAGGUCGUUGCAGCUAUUGAUAAGGCCAAUGGUUUUGUCUUCACCGGUGUGGAUUUCCAAACUGCAGUCGUCAAGGACUACGCCUUCGGAGACCAGAGUGUACCUGACGUUCAAGAAAAAUACAUCGACCAGUAAGGCUCAAGCCCUUAAAAAGUUCCUUUGUAUUACCCUCUCAAUGCCCUGCUCCUGUCUAAAAGAAAAUGCCUCCUUCUUCUUCUUCCGCUGCUUCGUCGACGUUGCUCAGAUAUUGCUCGUAAGUGGAUGAUGUGGGGUGCAACGAGGGCAUCCCUGCCGUAGAUAACGAGCUCAUGGACAUUGAGUUACGCCCACCCAUCGCCCCACCCAGACUUCUACCGGCAAUACCGCGACCAGCCAGUGAGUUUGUAGUACUUGACUGCAUGUUCUCUUCUGUCGCUGGAGCCUCUUCACCCUCCGCUAAACUCUCAAAUGGCGACGACUUCAUGUCUUCAAAGCUACCGUCACUCAUGUAACCCAAAUUACCCGACGGCCGGUUAAGUCCCGCCUCAUUACGCUGGAACGACAAAAGUCCUCCACUACAAAAACCGUAUCAGUAACAUAAUCAGAAAAUAAAUAACAUACGG